UAUGAAAAACUCGUGGAUAUAGAACCAUAUAUAGUACAGACGUCAGAUGUGUUAAGUACCCAGCAAACAGAAAAAAGAGCUCAUGAUAGUGACGAAGAUAAAAGAAAUGAGAAUUACAUAAGAAAGAAACAGAGGCAAGAAUCCUUGUCUCCAAAAAGGCGUUCCGCUUCUCCGCCUUCCAUUUUACCAGAAGUAUCUGCGCUGACCUAUGAAUCGUCACCAACUGUCAGCAAUGUGAUUUCAGGUGACGAUCCCUUGACAGAAAUGAUUGCGGAGACCAAACAUCUUGUAGAUGAGGGGUUUCUGUUGGAUGAUUACGAUGAUGAGUCUCAAAGCGUGCAAGGCGAAAUGUCGGAUUCAGAAGAUGAGAUGAUCGAAUCAUCAACGCAGAACGAAAAAGGCCCAACCAAAUCACAAAGACUUAAAGUGUUAUUGGAUCAUUAUCAACGUAUGAAAGAUGAAUGGAGGGUUCUAAGUUAUCGUAAGGCUAUUUCUGCAAUUAAAAGGCAAAAAGAACCAAUUACUUCUUAUCAAGAAGCUAUAGAAAUUCGUGGUAUAGGACAUCGCACUGCUGAAAAGAUCGCAGAAAUUAUUAAUACAGGAAAUUUAAAAAGAUUGCAGCAUUUUUCAAAAGACGAUGAAGUGAUUAAGAAAUUCAGCGAUAUUCAUG